AUGAAUACUUAGAAAAUGAAUACUUUUUUUGGAGUUGAAAAACCAUACUCUUUUGAUUCUUAGAAAUCUCAAAGUUCAUCUAAUACAAAUUAACAAUAGUUUACCAUAAAUAUAUUUGAUUAAUAGCAAAAUCAGACAAUAUAGAAAAAGGAAAAUGUUAUAGAAAAUUUUUAAUAAUAGAAAAAGAAUGAUAUUAAUUCUGAUUCGUAUUCUAAUAGUAGUAGUGAAGCAGGGUUAUUGUAAACAAAAAAGCUUUAGAAAAUAUUGGAAGAAAAUUAUGAUUAUGAAGUACAAUCAGUAAACUUGAGUGGUAUAUGAUAGUCAUAAAUAUUAGAAAAUACGAUGUAAAAAUAUCAAAAAUAAAAAAUCAAUAGAAUACAAAAUGCAAACAAAAAAUAUUCAUUAGAAAUUAAAAAUAGCUAAUUGAACAAUUCUUAAUUAUAUACACAACAAGAUAAAAGUAGAAAUUCAAAUAGUUAAGACAGUUUUGAACCUAAUAUUUAAAUUUCAAGAAGACACACAGAUAAUCAAGAAUAAUUGGCAAGAUAAAUUAAUUAUUUUAAACCUCAAAAGUUUAAAUAGAUAAAUUAAUUAAAAUCUAAUUUUAAUUUAGAAAUAGGAGUUCAAGCAGAUUCUGAUAAUCUAAAUAAAUUGUUUAGUAAAACCUUAAAUGAAUAAUCAUCAGAGAUAUCAUCAAAGAAUUAUUAUAAAAAUGAGAAUAAAAAUUUAUUAAAAUUAUUAGAUAAAAAUACGAAUUAAAAAUUUUCAUAACAGCAAAGUCAAGAAGAUAAUAAUGAACUAAAUUCUGAUAAAUAAGUGUAAAUUCAACUUAAUUUAGAAUAGAAUGAUAUUCCUCUUUCCAAUCAUUUGUCAAAACUUUAAGCAAAUAAUAUUGCUUAAAAGAAUAGAAUGAGUUAGUUUUCUUAGAAAACAGUUCCAAAUUUAUUAUCAUAAUUUUCUUAAUAAACUUAAUAUUAAAACAUUAAAUAGGGUACUGUAUUAAAUACAUGCAAAUCACUUAGUGGAGAUAUCUUUACAUUAAGACCUGGAAAUAAAGUAAUUGUUUUAAAGAUUGAUUAAGACAAAAAAUUAAUAUAAUGUGGAUAUGAAAAUAUGUUGGGAUUAUUUUAUCUAAGAGAUAUUGCAAUAAAAGAUGGUAUGAUUUAUGAUAAAUUUGGCAGAGUCACAGUAAAAUUGUAGGUUUCAAAUAAAAUCAAGAACUUAAUCUUCGUUUGAAAUCAAAUAUAAAGAAUUACUAAAUGACAAAUAUAAUGCGAAAAGUAAAUCUCCUAUAAAUCGAUUAUUUUAAAGAUAGUAAUAAAC